UGGACAUCAGGGAAAUCAAACAGAUCCGGCCCGGCAAGAAUUCCAGGGAUUUCGAACGUUACCCAGAAGAAGCCCGGAAGUUGGACUCAGCGUUGUGUUUUGUCAUCCUGUACGGAACGGAUUUCAGGCUGAAAACCCUGAGUGUUGCUGCUUUUUGCGAGGAUGACGUGACCUUCUGGGUGGCCGGGCUGAACUGGCUGGUGACGGAUACGCAGCGAUCACCCACUCCUCUCCAGACCGAAAGAUGGUUGAGGAAGCAGUUCGACUCCAUGGACCGAUCUAGAGAAGGCAGCAUCAGCCCCAAGGAUCUGAAGGCCCUGUUACCCCAGGUCAACUGCCGUGUGCCGAAUAUGCGUUUCCUUCGAGAUAAACUCGUGGAGGUGGAGGUUCGCGGUGAAAUUUCCUUCAGCCAUUUCACCCAGUUCUACAAAAACCUCAUGUUCGAUGCGCAGAAAUCGAUCAUUGAACAACUAGAGCUGUCCUUCCCUCUACGGAACAUGGAUCGGCCGGAACUCUGUCAAAUCACCUUAUAUGACUUCCAGAAAUUCUUACAAUACGAUCAAAAGGAAUCCUGGGCGAGCGACCUUGCCAAAGUUCGGCGGUGCAUGUGCAGCUACUUGCAGGAUCGUUCUGCCGACACGACAGAGCCCGUCUUCCAGCUGGAUGAAUUCCUGAUGUUCUUGUUCUCCAAAGAAAACAUGCUGAUGGAUUCCAAGGGUGAGCAAGUGGUCCCUGAAGAAAUGAAUUUCCCCCUGUCCCAGUACUGGAUCUCGUCUUCACAUAACACGUAUCUCACCGGGGACCAGUUCUCCAGCGAGUCCUCCCUGGAAGCCUACGCCCGCUGCCUUCGGAUGGGCUGCCGAUGCAUUGAAUUGGACUGUUGGGAUGGCCCCGAUGACCUGCCCAUCAUCUACCACGGCCACACGCUGACCUCCAAAAUCAAGUUCCUCGAUGUGUUGCACACCAUCAAGGAGCACGCGUUCACCACCUCCGAGUAUCCCGUCAUCCUGUCCAUCGAAGACCACUGCAGCAUCGUCCAGCAGAGGAACAUGGCGUCCCACUUCAAGAAGGUCUUUGGCGAGAUGCUGCUGACCAAGCCGGUGGAUGUCAAUGCCGACCAGCUUCCUUCUCCUGCCCAGCUGAAGAAAAAAAUCUUGAUCAAGCACAAGAAGCUGGUGGAAGGCAACCUGUACGAAGAGGUCUCCACGGCCAGCUACUCUGAGAACGACAUCAGCAACUCAAUCAAGAAUGGCAUCUUGUACCUGGAAGACCCCAUUGACCACACCUGGAGCCCCCACUACUUUGUUCUGACCAGCAACAAGAUCUACUACUCCGAGGAGACCUCGCACUAUCAGACCCACGAGGAAGAGGAGGAGGCCGAGCAGAAGGAGGAGAUUAACAACAACGAGCUGCACUUUAGCGAGAAGUGGUUCCACGGCAAAUUGGGCGGGGGCCGCGACGGGCGCCAGAUUGCCGAGCGGCUGCUGCACGAAUACUGCACCGAAACCGGGGGCAAAGACGGCACUUUCCUGGUCCGGGAGAGCGAGACUUUUGUGGGCGACUACACCCUCUCUUUCUGGCGUUCCAGCCGGGUCCAACAUUGCCGCAUCCACUCCCGGCAAGAAGCCGGCGCUACCAAGUUCUACCUGACCGACAACCUGGUUUUCGACAGCCUCUACAGCCUCAUCUGCCAUUACCGUGAGGUUCCGCUGCGCUGCAACGAGUUCGAGAUGCGCCUGACCGAUCCGGUGCCUCAGCCCAACGCUCACGAGAGCAAGGAGUGGUACCAUGCCAACCUCACCCGCCUGCAGGCCGAGCACAUGCUGAUGCGGGUGCCCAGGGACGGCGCCUUCCUGGUGCGCAAGCGAAGCGAGGCCAACUCCUACGCCAUCUCCUUUCGGGCCGAGGGGAAGAUCAAGCACUGCCGGGUCCAGCAGGAAGGGCGGCUUUUCACGCUGGGCAGCUCGGCCGAAUUCGAGAGCCUGCUUGACCUGGUCAGCUACUACGAGAAGCACCCGCUCUACCGCAAGAUGAAGCUGCGGUACCCCAUCAACGAGGAGACCUUGGAGAGGAUGGGCACGGCGGAACUGGAUUAUGGGGCGCUGUACGAGGUGAGGAGUCCUCACUUUUACGUGGAGGCCAACAAGAUGCCGGUGGCCAGAUGUACCGUAAAGGCCUUGUACGACUACAAAGCCCAGCGAGAAGACGAACUGUCCUUCUGCAAACAAGCCAUCAUCCACAACGUGGACAAGCAGGACGGCGGAUGGUGGCGAGGCGAUUACGGCGGGAAGAAGCAGCUCUGGUUCCCGGCUAACUACGUGGAGGAGAUCCUGAGUGCCUCCGUGCCGGAGCAGGACGAAGCGUCCGUGGAGAACAGCCCUUUGGGCAAUUUCCUGAAAGGGUUCAUUGACGUCCCCUCGUGCCACGUGGUUAUCUCCAAAGACGCCAGGAGCCCCAAACCCUUUGUCUUCACCAUCCAUUCUCAGCAGAUGACCCACCC